AAGCCUUGCAGAAACACCCAGCCUUUUCCAGGUAAAUCGAAACUUACAGUGCACCUGUGAGGUGUUUGAACAAAACCAGCUCCACAGCAGUGACCAGUGGCUCUCUGUUCUUGACCAUCCUGCACUGUAUCCAGAUGGCCUACCAACAACCUUACAUGCACCCGAGACUUCCCUUUACAGGCUGCAUCCAGGGAGGUCUGUACGAAGGGAAGACCAUUACUGUGACUGGCAGAGUCCUUCCAGGAGCGGAGAGGUUUCAUGUAAAUUUUGAAUGCGGUACUAUGGGAUCAGCAGACAUAGCCCUCCACUUCAACCCACGCUAUAACAGAAACUCGGGAUUCGUGGUGUGCAACACCCUGCAGAAUUCAUCCUGGGGCACAGAGGAACGGAGCCGCCAGAUGCCGCUGCCCAGAGGGUCCAGUUUCAUCCUCACCUUCCUGGUCAACCGUGACUCCUAUACGAUAAUCAUAAAUGGAACUCAUUUCAUGGAAUAUUUGCACCGUCUCCCUUUUUCCCGCGUGAAUGUGAUCUCAGUGGAUGGGGGUAUAGAGAUUGACUCCAUUGCUUUCCAGAACCCAGCUACCUCCUGUGUCCAACAGCCCUCCAGCUUCCAACAGUGUUGCUUUCAAUACCAGGGGCAGAGAGGCAAAAACAAGGCACCCGGUCGUAAACCACGGGUCCUACAAAAGCAGCAGUUUGCAGGCCUGUUCCAGGCACCUCCUCCAUACAGUCCUCCUCAAACUUAUGCUAUGCCGUACAAAACAAUCAUGCAAGGUGGACUUUACCCUGGAAAAACGAUCAUCGUCCAGGGUUUUAUCAACCACGAUGCAGACAGGUUCUGCAUCAACCUGCGCUUUAACUCUGGCCUUGCUCUCCACUUCAACCCGCGUUUCAAUGAAAACGCAGUGGUGCGAAACAGCCUGCUCCAGGAUAAGUGGGGUCCUGAGGAGAAGAUGGGGGGCAUGCCCUUCUACAGAGGCCAGCCCUUCUCGGUGACCAUCGUCUGUGACACUCAGUGCUACAGGAUCAUGGUCAACGGCAUCCAGAUGUUCACCUACAACCACCGUCACUUCUUGCUUCAGCAGAUUGACAUCCUGGAGGUUGAAGGCAAUGUUAGCCUCAACUCUGUGUCAGCGUAAGGACUGAUGCUCGCCCAGGGGCUGUUCAUCAUGUCUUGACAAUUGACUCUUUAUCAAUAAUCGAUUAGUCUAUAUAGGACCAGAAACAGUCAAAGAACCCUUUCCAUGAUUGAAAGGUUCUUUUCAUUAUGAAAAGGGUUCUUCAGAUUUGAUGGAGAAUGUAAUUUAUAUGAAAAAAGUCUCUUCUAUUGUUAUGAUGUCAAGCUUAUAAUAACAGAAGAACCCUUUUUAGUGCUCUAUAGAACGCUUGUCAAAAAAGGCUGUAAAUAGAACCGCAUAAGAACGCUUUCACAAUGAAAAGAACCUUUUAAUCAUACAAAGGAUUCUUCCACUAUUUAAUAAAGUAGCUGAUAAGUUACGAGUUACUGCACGACGCGAAGCAGAGUGCCUAAAACUCCAUUUUCUGUGAUAAAACUGCAGGAACGCAUGGCCUCAAGUGGCUUACUCCAAUGUGAAAUAUGAUAAAAUACACAAUCUUUCACAAAAAUGAUCAUAACUGACAGCUAAGAAUUGCAUAAACAAGAAUCCUCCCAAGAAAAUUAGUUCCUUUAGAAGAAGGUAUUGUUGCCAAGCAACCACAGAGAAGUUCGUCACUGUAUAUUGCGGUCAUUUCAUCAUUAUUUUUUAUUUCUACUUCUGACUGAAACAUGAAGCACUUUAUCGCUUCAAGUGACACUUUUUGGACUUUUAUCCUGCCGUUUUACAGUGAAUCAAGCCGCAGGUACUGUAAUUCAAGCCUGUGAUAUUAAUGAUGGAGCCUGUUAGUUAGCUGACCAGCCUAGUUCUAGUUAGCUAAGAAGAUAAGUUAUCAGACCCUCAUUUUAAACAAACACGGGUUCCUACUUCAUCAGUACACUCAGUGGUCCAUGGCAGCAGCACGGGAGUCGAAGAUUAUUUCAUUAACAACACAAUGUAAAAUCGCAGUAAUGCACUGCUUCCAAUGACUUAUUGCUUUUAUAAACUGGCGGCCAACAUAAAAUAUGUUAAAAUACACACUGUUUUCAAUUAGUUGUUAGUAAUAAUAAUCUUUAGCUUCAUUUACUCCCAUUCACUGAUUAUUCACUUGUGGGCUAUUUUGUAGUCCUGUUUUUGACAUAAUGGGGGAAAUAGGAAGCGGCCGGACUCCUCAUAAACUGGCACUGACUUGUGACUGGCAGUUUCUUUUGCUGGGGAUUUUUCUUUAUCUGAUGUAGUUUUAUUUCCUGUAGAAAUAUUUUUCUCUCUGAUGUUUAAACAUCAUAAUCUUUUUCUGUACUUGAAUGGUCCGACAUCAUUUCUUUUGGCCUUCCUCUCACUCUCUGUUCAUUUGUCAAUAAACACUGAGGAAUAUUCCA